AUGACUUCUCAAUCCGGACUGGAUGUUCUCCGCACGAGGACCAUUGUUGACUGCGAUACUAUGGAUGAACAGGUUGCUAAGAAGCUGGGCCCAUUCCAGGAUUGCACUUCCAAUCAGGCGAUCGCAUAUGGCGAACUCAGCAAACCCGAGCAUGCUGAUUUGAUUUUUGCCUCGGUCACAGACGCGAAGGCUCUGCUUUCCAGGUUUCCAGGCCUGGGUGCUGAGGAGUUGGCAGUAGAGAUAGCGAUGGUCAAAUUGGCGUUGAAGAUCGCACCUCAUAUCCGUGGGCACGUCCAUAUCCAGACCAAUUCGUACUACUCUUACUCAACCGAGAAGACCAUUGUAAACGCUUUGAGAAUCGUGCAGCUCUUCCAACACUUCCACCCAGGAUUCGAGCAAUCUCGAAUCUGCAUCAAAAUUCCUAGCACAUGGGAGGGCAUGCUGGCCUGUCGAGCCCUCGAGCAGGCAGGUGUCCGAACCUUGGCCACUACUCUUUUCACAAUGGCACAGGCCGUUUUGGCCGCUGAAGUAGGAUGCACCUAUGUCGCACCCUAUGUCAAUCAAUUGAAAGUCCACUUCGAGCCAGGAUUCACCGACCCGAACAAAUUGCUUCCUCUCUGUGUCUUGAUCCAGAAAUACUACGACUCCAUCCAGGCUAAGACGCAGGUUCUACCUGCCAGCUUGACCUCGACGAAUGAAAUUUUUGCCCUCGCUGGCGUGCAGCAUAUUACUAUUGCUCCGGGACACCUGGAGGAGCUCUCGCAGUCGGAUUCCGUCCCUGGCGUGCAGUCUUUAUUCGACACCAAUGUCCCGACCAUUACUCCUGCCUCCGAUCUAUCAUAUAUUAACGACGAGUCGGCUUACCGGCUUGCGUUCACUCGGGACUUGCAUGGAGCAAGCGAGGAGAAGCUCACUCAGGCUGUGAAUAUCUUCUGCGACAUGCAGGAUAAGUUGGUACAGGGCAUGGCAGAGGGGUUCUAG